CUGGUAAAAAUAAGCUCUAUUGAAGAAGUUUGAUAGCCACAAAGAAGAAGUCAUUGUCAAUGAUUGAUUGACAAAUGAAACUGUCAUGUCCUAUUUUUCUUUGGUCAUUGCCCUGCUUGUUUACUUGUCUAUAGAAUUUCACAGAUUACUUGUUCUAUUAACUUGCAUUAGAUAUGAAUUUUAAUUUGCAUUAGAUGUGAACUCCAUUUAUAUGCAAUGUACGCCAUUUAUGUGUUUAAUAUAUAGCUAACCAAUUUGCCUUAUAAAGACAGCACAACAGUGUAGACAUACAAUACACUACUUUCUUCGUAACAUAAUAAUAAUUACAAAAAUGCACAGGAACCUUCCUCAAAAUAAAGAAGCAUUGCUGAAAUCAUAUACAACAAGACUUAAAGAAGAUGUUAAAAGUAUGCUCGAGAAUUUUGAAGAAAUAAUACGUUUAGCUAAAGGCGAGAGAGGGGAAAAUGAAUCUCAACUGAAUAGAAUGACUCAAAUAGAGCAAGAUACAUUUGAGAUGCAAGUCCGGGCUGCUAAUAUAGUACGAGCUGGAGAAUCUUUAAUGAAGUUAGUAUCAGAUAUCAAACAGUAUUUAAUAUUGAAUGACUUUCCUUCAGUCAACGAGGCAAUCACACAGAAUUCUAAACUUUUCCGAACAAAACAACAGGAAUGUGACCAGAAAUUGAUGUCCUUGAGAGAUGAAAUUGCAGCUGACCUAUAUGAUUUGGAAGAUGAAUAUUUUACUAGUAUUUAUAAGUGAAAUACAAAUUCAUUAUAUUUAUACAACAACAAACCAGUUUUGUGGUUUUUGUUUUCUUUUUCAGUGUGCAAGGGCAUUGAGUGAGCACCCUCACAAGUUUAAUAACUGUGGCAUUCCAAGUUUAGGCACCACUUACAUGAUAUUGAGUUAAGGCUGUAUUAAGAUAGUUAAAUAGUUGAUUCAUCAAAGUUAUAAGUUGUUAAAGUUGUUGGUUGAUGGAAUAAAAACACAAUUAAUAUUAUUCACAUUUAUUGUAAAUUAAAAUUCAAUGUUUACUGUUACAAAAAUCAAACUGUUGGGAUGCGGACAUUGAGUUCUAGUUACUAAACAUACAAUUGCAUUUUUAUCAUGUUGAGUUAGAGUCAUUUAUUGUAUGAAAACAUGCAAAUGUUGCAUUAAAAUCGAUUAAAUUUGCAAAAUGCCAAUUUUCCAUAUAAUCACAAAUAUCUCAGAAUCUAUAAUUUGCCCAGUGGUACCCUUUUGCAUGGAACGCCACAUAUAAUUACCAUGUCGCAAAAAAUCUGAAAAAAAUUGUAUACUUACCCGAUCUCACAAAUUUGUAACUCCAAGAUCUUACUAAUCUCCUAUCCUCUGAGAACUGAGUGAGCCCACACACAUUUGACUAUUUAUCUCUUUUGUAAUGUUUUUACAAAUUGUAAGAUUGGGUUUACACAUUUUUCAGGGCUUUUACUAAAUAGUAAAAUUACAUUUAUUAAAUUUGUGAGGUUCCUCAUACACAAUUUGUUUCAAACACUUGUUAUUCUUUGGUUUUAAACACCUUUUAAUGUAUAGCUUAAUCAAAGAUUAAUCUGUAUUGAUUUCUUUUCUUCUUGUUCAUAAUCCUAUUAAUAUUAUAAAUGCGAAAGUUUGUUACUCUUUCACGCAAAAUCUUCUGGACCGGUUGUUAUGAAAUUUGGUACAUGGGUAUAAUAUAAUCUGGAAUAACACAUGGUACUUUUUAUUCCGAAACUCCCACGGGAGCAAAGCCCCGGGGCGCAGCUAGUAUUACAAUAAUGUAGAUUAAUAUUAGUACUUAAGUUAGGAUUUGCCUUAGCUGCGACUGUUGUAUAUGUACAUAAUAAUAAUUAUUUGUCAAUAAGUUUAACUGUAAUCAACAAUCUUAAUUUCUACACACAGCAUCAAGCUGAAUAAUAAAAAAUAAGAUUUUUUUUCAAUAAAAACAUUGCCAUCUUUGUA